AUGGGUGGUGGUUUCGAGAAAGCGCAAUGGGUUGGCGAUUUCGCUGAUAAGCUCCCGGCGCUCUCUCUUUCCUUUCUCACCGACAAGCAAGAAGCGAAAGAGCGACGGAAGUUGCUUCAGCGCUCCUUUACGCUCACAUCUCUGCGACAAAACUGGGAGAGUGAGAUCCGUCAGAAUGUGGAACUUGCGGUGUCGAAGAUCAAGGAUGAGGCGAUGCGGGGAACUGCUAAUACUCAUAAAUGGUGGACUUUGAUGGCUGCGGACAUCAUCAGUCUUCUGUCUUUUGGCCAGUCCUUUGGUAUGCUGGGCUUGGGCAAGUAUCUCGCUGCCUUGAACAGUGUGAUGCGGCGGGAAAGGUUGGGGUUGAGAAGCUUUACCGGCAAGACGACAAGACCAGGCCUGAGUCUGUUCAAAGAAAUGAUCAUCGACUGCGAGAGGGAGGGACGGCAAUGGCUCAACGAUGAUACUGUGCGAAUAGAGGCUGCAGGCAUGAUGGUUGCUGGGUCAGAUACCACUGCCGCAGUUUUAACCUAUCUGAUCUGGUCGGUGUUGGAGCAGAAGGAACUACAAAGAAGACUCGAGGAUGAGGUGUCUCAGCUUGGUGAUGACUUCAAUGACAAGACCCUGGACGACUGCCCUCUUCUUAAUGCCGUAAUAGAAGAGACGUUGCGGUUAUAUCCAGCGGUUCCAUCGUCUCUACCCCGGACUGUUCCUGAGGAAGGUGCUACUCUGUCAGCUCACUACAUCCCAGCCGGUACAGUGGUGCACAGCCCUGCCUACACCCUUCACAGAGACCCAGAGAUAUUCCACGAACCUCAUCAGUACAACUAUCCUGUCAUCUGA